AGGAGGGGUCGGCGACGAACAUCCACCGCGUCUACGAGGGCGUGGCCCGUCGGCGCUCGGCCGCCGAGUUCUUGCGCGGGCGCCUGGGGCGGGGCGCGGCGGCGCGGGCGCCCUGGGGGGCAGGCGCCUACCGCGCGGGAGGGGCCGAGAAGGGCACGCCGGCGCAGCUGGAGCUGGACUCCGCGGUGAGCCAGCUCGACGACACGAUCGUGGGGUACGCCAGGGAGGGCUACGAGCUCGCGUGCCCGAAGCUCUCCUGCGGCCUGCAGGCCGGCGUCCUGCCGCACGCGCACUGGUGGGUCUUCAUCGGCAGGGGCCACGCGCAGGGGUGGGCGGUGCUGGCCCGCUGACGGCACGGAGAGGCCGCGGACCUCGCGCGGAGCGCCCCCCGCCGCGGAGGAGCGUCGGUCGCCACCCGAAGGGUGCUGCACGCGCGCUCCCGAGGUCCGCCCAGACCAGCCGCGCCCUGAGCAAGAGCGCUC